GUGCUCGGGGAGAGAGCCUAAGACGGAUAACGCGUCAUCUCGCCUUCCCAAAUUUUCCCCCCUCGCUAGACCGGGUCCAAAACCUCCAUCCGGAGCCGGCAGGAGAGGAGAACGAUGUUUAACUCGGUCAACCUGGGCAACUUCUGCUCGCCGUCUCGAAAGGAGAGGGGCGCUGAUUUCGGCGAGCGGGGGAGCUGCGCCUCCAACCUCUAUCUGCCCAGUUGCACUUACUACGUGCCUGAGUUCUCCACGGUCUCCUCCUUCCUGCCUCAGGCCCCCUCUCGUCAGAUCUCCUAUCCCUACUCUGCCCAAGUGCCCCCAGUCCGGGAGGUCUCCUACGGCCUGGAGCCCUCCGGCAAGUGGCACCACCGGAAUAGCUACUCGUCCUGCUAUGCUGCGGCCGACGAGCUCAUGCACCGGGAGUGCCUGCCUCCUUCCACCGUCACAGAGAUCCUCAUGAAAAACGAAGGCUCCUAUGGUGGCCACCACCACCCCAGCGCCCCGCACGCGGCCCCUGCCGGCUUCUACUCCUCAGUCAACAAGAACAGCGUACUACCACAAGCCUUUGACCGCUUCUUCGACAACGCCUACUGCGGCGGCGGCGACGCGCCGGCCGAGCCCCCCUGUCCCGGCAAAGGCGAGGCAAAGGGGGAGCCCGAAGCGCCCCCGGCCUCGGGACUGGCGUCCCGGGCUGAGGUGGGUGCGGAAGGCGAAGAAGAGACUACGAAUCCCAGCUCGUCCGGUUCAGCCCACUCGGCCGCCAAGGAGUCGGCUAAGGGAGCCGCCCCCAACGCCCCCCGCUCCCGCAAGAAGCGCUGUCCUUAUUCGAAAUUCCAGAUCCGGGAACUGGAGCGCGAGUUUUUCUUCAACGUGUAUAUCAACAAAGAGAAGCGACUGCAGCUGUCCCGGAUGCUGAACCUGACAGACCGACAAGUGAAAAUUUGGUUUCAGAACAGACGGAUGAAAGAAAAAAAACUGAGCAGAGACCGGCUGCAAUAUUUCUCGGGAAAUCCUCUACUGUAACCCGCAGACCUGGCCCUUUGGGGGGAGGGGGUGAACGGGGAAAUUAUUUUAUUUUAUUUUUAUUUUUAAUUUUCUAACUCGCCUUCUUUCCGCGGGUGGAAAACUGGACUAUGGCCAGGGCCGGCCCCCACUCCCGUGGCCGGCAUUUCUUUCUGGAAUCUCCUUCACCUUCGGUCUGACUCUCUCCUUGUGGGAUAGGGACCAGACUGGAAAGGGGGUGAAGGGAAGUGUCUCACCCACGACGAGUGGACACCGUUAGCGCUAAGGCCAAGACUCUUUAUUUUAAAAAUAUAUACACCUCGCGACAAUGUCUUGCUGCUCUGAUUGGGUGGGGAAAAGGGAGAUAGUAGUGGGCGCCUGAGAUAAACAAUCCUUAAUCUAAAAACCUUUCCUUGCCCAAGUGACAAGAUCUGCUAAGGCUGUCUUUGUGGGCUCUCUGCCCCUACCCCAUCUCGCCCCACUGCUAGGGGGCAGCUAAAUGUGAUCCUGCCUUGCUGUGAAAUUUCUGUACCUUCGACCUGGUGUUAGGUGUGCAAAGUUCGUGUCCUACCUCCGUCUGCGCCCAGGCCCCACCCGAGUCUAGUUCUCCCUGAAAAAGUCCUCCUUUGAAAUUUCCCAACUGGUGCAUUGAGGUUUCCCAAUAUUUUUUCCAAGCUGUGCCCCACUCCGUGGAUUUAUAGCUAUAGUCUAUGCAGUUGUUUGUUUGUUUGUUUUUUAAGAAAAAAUAAAAUUGGGGUGGUGGCCACAGUAAAGAGAUGAGAUUGGGUGCUCCCCCCUCCCAAUGCCUGAAUUUUUGUAAAUACAUUUCACAAGCUUUUCUUUCUACCCUGAGGGCCAGGGGGUGGGGAGGAGAAGGCUCCUGGAAUGUGAUUCAAAUCAUUCAUCUCUCUUCAUGUGCGUGAGUGCGUGUGUACGUGUGUGCAAUCCCCGCCUUGCUCCCAUCACAGAGGGAUUGAUGUGAAUUUUUUUUGUGGCAAAUAAAGAUAUUUCAUUCUGUUCAA